AAAUUGGAAAAAGAUAGGUCAAAUAUCAUCGAUAAACAACAACUAGUAAGGUUAAGAUGACAAGAUUGCCUUAAGUUGUAGGAAAUUUGAAAGAAAUAUUACCUUGGAUUUUGCCAUCAAAACCUGAAAUAAAGAGAAACCACAAUUUUCUUCAAGGGACGGUGGGAAGAAGAUUGAUUUUGAAACCUAAAAUUCUUCAAAAACCGAUAAUAAAAAGCUAAUGGGUAUUUAUGUUUUCAUUUUAAAUUAUUAAAUUUUAAUUUAAAAUCUGAUUUUGUUUAAUUUCAGUUUAUUCGAUUUUUCUAUUAAAUAAUUAAAAUUUAUCACAAAUACUCUGAUAAAAAAAAAAGUUAAAUAGCGUUUUUUUUUCUCCUUGACCAAUAGAAAUGUUAACUUGCACAUUUCAAUUCUAUUUAAACGCUAUUAGAUUAUCUUCCAGACUUAUCCUCUUAACUAAUAUAUAAAGAACGAGUUGAACCCUAAUUCUAACUACAUCAACUAAGAAGAGCCUAACAAAGUUCGAGAGAGGAUUAAGCAACAACAGAAGAUGAUGCAAAAGCAAAAGCAGAGGCUGCGGCUUCCUCCUGGCCCUCGAAAACUUCCAAUCAUCGGAAACCUUCACCAAAUCGGUGCAAUUCCCCACCAAUCGUUUGCUGAAAUGUCAAAGAAACAUGGCUCUGUAAUGCUCGUUCAUCUUGGAUUUGUCCCAACACUCAUUGUAUCCUCUGCAGAAGCCGCAAAAGAACUCUUUAAAGCCCACGAUCUCGAUUGCUGCAGCCGACCUCCCUUGACGGGUACCGGGAAGCUGUCCUAUAACUACCUCGACGUCGCCUUUACUGCCUACGGCGAUUACUGGAGGGAAAUGCGACGUCUGUACGUUAUCGAACUCCUCAGCAUUAAAAGGGUCCAAUCUUUCGGGUUCGUCAGGGAAGAAGAGGUCGAAUUCCUAAUAAAAUCAAUUUCGGAAUUCUCCAAAUUGGGGGCACCGGUCAACCUCAGUGAGAAGUUGAUGUCUCUUACCGCGGAUAUCACUUGUCGGGUUGCUUUUGGAAAGAGCUUCAGAGAAAGAGGAUACGAAGAUUUCGGCGCGGAUUACGAAGAGGUGAUUCAUGAAGCUCUUGCAAUGUUGGGAAGCUUUGCGGCAGCCGAUUUCUUCCCUUACUUCGGUUGGAUUGUGGACAGAAUCACCGGUCUCCAUAGAAGAAUCGAACGGAGUUUUAAAAAACUGGAUGCUUUCUUUCAGAAAGUGCUAGACGAUCACCUCUGCUCCGGUCGCCGAAUUACAGAGGAAGAACACGAAGAUAUCAUCGACGUUCUGAUAAAAAUAGGGAAAUAUGAGGCGGUAUCUGGUACUGAAAAAAUCACUCACAAUCACAUCAAAGCUAUUCUUAUGGUAAGCAUGUCACUUUGAACUUCCUCUGUUUUUGCAAUGUUUCUUCUUUAAAAAUUUAAUUUCAGCAAUUA